AUUAGAUGUAGGCACACGAAGAGAAAACGAAAAUUCUAAUAAUUCUAAUGUGAAAAGCAAUUAUUAUUACUUUUAUUCUUCCUGAUACACCACUACUUUGAGGUUUUAUGCGCUGAUCGAGAAAGUAAAUGUAGACUCCGUGAAAGUAGAACGUCAAUGUUAUCCAAACGUUGUUGAGUAGAGUGCAGUGUUUACCAUCAUUGAAUACGUCCAAGAACUUCGAGGAAGUUGUGAUCCGGUAAAAUUCAUCAUCAUGAAGGAAGAUGUCAAAAUACUCAGGGAAUGGAUAAGUAAACAACCUCAUUUACCCCAAAACAUUCAUGACAUGAUGCUACUGAGAUUCUUGCAUACGUGUAAUUACAGUAUCGAGCAGACGAAGACCUUAAUCGACUUAUUCUAUACAAUUCGUUCACAGGCACCAGAACUAUUUUCCAAUAGAGAUCCUUCGCAGAAAACCAUCCAAGAUUGCUUCAAAGCGAUAGAUAUGGUUCCCUUACCGAAACUAACGGAAAAAAACUACAAAUUGCUGCUAUAUCGACUCGUAGAUCAUGAUCCCGAAAAAUUCACUUACGCAGAUUCAGUAAAAACGUUCUACAUGGUGUCGGACGUUAGGAUGUUGGUAGAACAAGAAUUUCCAGCAGGGGAAGUACCGAUAUUUGACUUGGCUGGAAUGAGCUGGAAGCAUAUGACAAAAAUGCCUCUUCCAAUCGUCAAGAAAUACAUGGUUUACUCGCAAGAAGCACAUCCCAUCAAACUGAAAGAAAUACACCUAGUUAAUGCUCCCACGUUCUUAGAUAGAGCGAUGGCUAUGAUGAGGCCUUUCAUUAAAAGCGAAAUAUUAUCCAUGUACGAUAAUAUUUUUUCAAGAUACACACCCACCCUCCAAAUUCAAAUACCCUGUUUGAUUAUGUUCCGAGAGAAUUGUUACCAGAGGAAUACGGAGGAACUAUCGGAAAAAUGUCCGAUUUGAAGGCAAUGUGGUUGAAAAAGGUUAUGGAACACAAGGAAUACUUAACGGACGAUUCGAGAUGGGCAGUCAACGAGACCAAACGAUCGGCGCAGAACGAAAACACUAAACCAGCAUUCGGCAUUGAGGGAUCUUUCAGAACUUUGAGUAUAGACUAAAACACAAUGCCAAAGAGUAUCAACAGUUGUUGCUCUUUGACAAUGCCUUUUUUUGAAUGAGUAAAAAUAAUUUUAUUAUGAA